CUCCGGAGCUCGGCCAUGGCCUGCUCCUUCGCCACCUCCACCGUCGUCUCCUCCACCCCCACCCCCAACCCCCUCGCCGCACCCCUCGCGCCGCAGUCCCUCUCCUUCUCUCGCGCGCCCCUCGCAGCCUCGCGGCCCCUCCGCCUCGCCGCUGCCACCAGAUCCGCCCGGACCAGCCCCUUCGUCGCCCGCGCCGGCGGAGUGGACGAUUUGCCGUUGGUCGGGAACAAGGCGCCCGACUUCGACGCCGAGGCCGUCUUCGACCAGGAGUUUAUCAAUGUGAAACUAUCUGAUUACCUCGGCAAGAAGUACGUGAUCCUCUUCUUCUACCCUCUGGACUUCACCUUUGUCUGCCCAACAGAGAUUACUGCUUUCAGCGACAGACACGAUGAGUUUGAGAAGAUUAACACUCAGGUGCUUGGUGUCUCAAUCGACAGCGUGUUCUCCCAUCUUGCAUGGGUGCAAACAGACAGAAAGUCUGGUGGGCUCGGUGAUCUGAAAUACCCACUUAUUUCCGAUGUUACUAAAUCAAUUUCGAAGUCCUUUGGUGUCCUUAUCCCUGAUCAGGGAAUUGCGCUGAGAGGACUUUUCAUCAUUGACAAGGAGGGAGUAAUCCAACACUCUACCAUUAACAACCUUGCCAUUGGUCGCAGUGUGGAUGAGACCAUGAGGACACUUCAGGCUUUGCAGUAUGUCCAAGAAAACCCAGACGAGGUCUGCCCGGCAGGAUGGAAGCCUGGGGAGAAGUCCAUGAAGCCUGACCCCAAGGGGAGCAAAGAGUACUUCGCAGCUAUCUAGAUGCUAGAAAAGAGGCCCAUCUUGGUUGAUGUUGCUGCCCUGUUGUUCAUGUCACCACUGGAUGUGGAGUUUUGCUUCUGUGAGAGCCUUUCUGCGUUUGCGUCUCAUCGACAUUUCUUUACUGCAAGAACCAGUGUGUAACAGUUCCUCAACAAAUAAGGUUCUGGUUUGGCCAUA